CAUUAACUCCUGGCAGGAGCUCUCAAAUGUGGCACGACGAGUCACUUGAUUACACGUAUGUUAUUUAGUUAAAUUUGUGAAAAUUAUGAGAUGCUCACCAACCCGGUGAUAAACUCUCUCCCUCUCUAUUGGCUGGCCUGGUCACAUGGCCGCCCAACUUUAUUCAGUUGACAGCAAGUAGGAGGGCCCUAUGGAAGGAGAAAAAAAGACAACACGAGAAAAAUUAGUAUUUUCUACCUUCAGAAAUUAAUGGCCAUGAGUUCGUAUAUGGUGAACUCCAAGUAUGUGGACCCCAAGUUCCCUCCAUGCGAGGAAUAUUUGCAGGGCGGCUACCUAGGCGACCAGGGUGCCGACUACUACGGCGGCAGCACGCAGGGCGCAGACUUCCAGCCCCCGGGGCUCUACCCGCGGCCUGAUUUCGGUGAGCAGCCUUUCGGAGGCGGGGGCCCCGGGCCUGGCUCGGCGCUGUCUGCUCGGGGUCACGGGCAAGAGCCAAGCGUCCCUGGCGGUCACUACAGUGCCCCGGGAGAACCGUGUCCGGCGCCCCCGGCGCCUCCGCCCGCGCCACUGCCUGGCGCCCGGGCCUGCAGCCAGUCCAGCGGACCCAAGCAGCCGCCCCCCGGGACGGCACUCAAGCAACCAGCUGUAGUCUAUCCCUGGAUGAAGAAGGUGCAUGUGAAUUCGGUGAACCCCAACUACACUGGCGGGGAGCCCAAGCGAUCCCGGACGGCCUACACCCGGCAGCAAGUCCUAGAACUGGAAAAAGAAUUUCAUUUUAACAGGUAUCUGACAAGGCGCCGUCGGAUUGAAAUCGCUCAUACUCUGUGUCUGUCCGAGCGCCAGAUCAAGAUCUGGUUCCAGAACCGGAGGAUGAAGUGGAAAAAAGACCACAAGCUGCCCAACACCAAAGGCAGGUCAUCGUCAUCAUCAUCUUCCUCUUCCUCUUCCUCCUCCUGCUCCUCCUCAGCCGCUCCAGGUCAGCAUUUGCAGCCCAUGGCCAAGGACCACCACACGGACCUGACGACCUUAUAGAAGUGGGGACCCAGGCUCAUCCCUCCCUGCGCUCCAGGCUGAGCCGAAGCUGCGGGGGCAGGCCGGGCCUGCUGUCACCUUGCUGGGCUCUAAGGUACUGUGGGGUGGACCUGGGACAUGCAGGCCACCCUCGGACUAGGUUAGCAUCCUCUUGCCCUAGGGCAGCCCCCUCCCUAGAGCGAGGAUGGGGAUGGGAGGGGGUCGCGAUUCUCUAAGUAUAUGAUAUGGCAGGAGCUACUGAGAAUAUAAAAACCUUGUUGAGUCAUUAAACUCAUGAAAA